CGGUAGCUGCAUCUCUGUCGGCCGGGAGGAGAGGCGGUCCGCGGCCGCGGCUUGCGCCCCAAUGCUGGCGCGAUUUUCACCGCGCUUCCACGCGAAUCAUUACACGGAGAUAUCGCUCGUUUCCGAACACAUUCGCAAGUUUCCGCGCCGCGUCGCGACCGCACGUUCUCAUUGCAAAUCCUCGCUCCAUAUUCCGAUUUUAUUUUUUUAUUAGUGCUGCCAAUUGUGCUAAUUCGACUGUUUGCCACGAUAGUGAUGUACUGACUCACCUGCCACAUCGGACCUCUUACGUGGAUAGUGCAAUUAAUAACACCAUGUGCAUAUGAACGCGAAUUGCAAUUAACGGAAACUUGCAAAAUAAUACAUCGACGCGAAAUCAAUUAACAAACUUUAACCCGUUCAAUCGAUAGCAAUGGAACUGAAUUACAAAAUGUACAAAUUACAAACACGAUAAUGGGACAUCUAGUUAACGACACGAUCAGUGUUCAUUUGAAUUUCUAAUUCAGAUUGUUAGACAAACAAUUCAAAUUGGACGUUUACCGAGAAAAAAAAAUGGCGAGAUAAGCCGUCGGGGGUAGCGCGCGAAUUUAAUUGAAAUGUCAUCGAGCAGAUGAAAUGAAGACUUCGCUCGAAUGCGAGCGUGCCGAGACCGCCGAAAGCGGCGGGAAAGGCCGAAUAUCUUUUAGCGUGGACUCGCUGCUGGGGGGUAGGCAGGACGCUCCGGUGAAGGACACCGCGGCCGACACGAACAGUAAUGACGCGGAGAGUACCGACGCGGCGCCCGAGAGUGACGAGAGUGACGUGGACAUCGAGGAUGUUGACUCGAACGUUGAUGAUCGGGAGGAGAGGGAGAACGGUCAUGAUGGGGAGGAGUUGGAGACGAGAGGAGGAGUGGUGGUGCCGCAGCCGCUGCUGCCGCGGCUGUACCAGGGCCCGCCGCCGCACUCCUGGCCGUUCGGAGCCUUCCCCUGGAUGGCUCCCAACCCCAUGUUUAGGGGAGGAUCUCCAAACACAGGUGCACCAAGCGGCCCACCAGUGGUUCGGUGUCAACUUCGCAAACACAAGCCCAAUCGCAAGCCGCGGACGCCGUUCACCACACAGCAACUCCUGGCGCUGGAGAAGAAGUUCAGAGACAAGCAGUAUCUGAGCAUCGCCGAGAGAGCCGAGUUCUCCUCAUCACUUAGAUUGACUGAAACACAGGUAAAAAUAUGGUUCCAAAAUCGACGAGCAAAAGCGAAAAGAUUGCAAGAAGCCGAGAUAGAAAAACUAAGACUAUCCGCGCGGCCCCUCCUACCGCCGUCUUUCGCGCUCUUUGGCGGGGGAGGGGCGCCUCCUCUAUUCGCAGCGAUGGCAGCUGCCUCCAGACCUCAGCUGAGCUUCCUAGGAGGUCCGCCGAGCCAUCAACACGCGAUAAACAUGAAUAUACUAAAUUCUCUCCAACCACAUUGACGAAUGGAUCACGCGGCAACGCGUGAAGCAGACGAUCCGCCGCCAUCUUGAAACAGUUCGAAAUUUAAAUUGAAAGGGUCCCUAUUCUCGUAUAAGUGCGUUUUGUUUAUUGUUGCGAAUUUUGAAUUGGCCAUUGUAAUGGAAACGCUUUCGUCUCACUGUUGUUUGAGUUCCAUGCGUUGUGGCAACGUUUUGUUUUCGGAGUUUGAUGCUGUUGGUACAAUUAUUUAUCAAAGGAUUUAUAUUGAAGUAUAUUCCAUACGAUAUUUUCACAAAAAUAGGGCAGACAAGCUUUAUUGUUGAGAAUAGGGACCAUUAGUGUUCGACAAUGAAAAGUUUAAAAAGUGAAUCAAGGACAACAAGAAAUGUGUUCCAAUUUCAAAAUAAACUGUUCGUUUUGUGCGCUCUCAAAUAUAAGGGUAUGGACACACCAACGGGAUGAAUAAUUUUCGAAGUUUUAGAUCGUAAGCCACAUUUUAAUGUAACACCUCUGUUUUAUAAAAAAAAUCUGUUGAAAUCUGUGAGUGUGACAUUUUGUACACAACCUUUUGGUGUCUGUGCACACAAACGAAAUGAAAAUCUCUCUAUAAGUGCAAUUUUUCAAAAUUAAACGGUGAAUAAUUUAUAAUCCGAAUAGAAAAUUGUAAAUAGUUUUACUUACAUUUUUAACUUAGAUUACAAUUUAAUAAUAACUGAGUAAUUUACGAAAUGUUUUUUUUAUAUAUAUCUGAAUAACAGCAGUUACUAUGUAUAACGAUCUGCUUAUUGUUUUUAUGUUAAUAUUGUAAUAAGUAAUAACUUAGUCUGAUUAAGCAAUUCUUUGGAACCCAUUCCACACUAAACUUUCAGCUCCAUAAAAUAUCUAUUUAUGAUAUGUAUAAAUAUUUAUAUCACUUAACACAAUUUCCACAUGUUUGCAUUUCCACUCUCCAGCUUACUAAACUGGCCUUUAACAGCAUUUAAAUAUGAAAUUAAAAUUUAAUACAAUAACAUCUUUGUCAGUUACUGAUUUCCUCUCAGAUCAUCAGAUCUUUACCAUUAGUAUGAGUUUGCUUUACGUUAAACCAAUAAAGCGAGAGCGCGUCUGAUUGGUUGGUUUAUUCGAGCCGGCCAAUCAGAGCGUCGAACGCACUGUCGUUUCGAUUACUUUAAACGUAAAGCAAACUCAUACUAAGGGUACAGACAAAUACAACAGUAACGACAUGACAUUAUUUCAUCACUCAGCUUCUUCAAAUCGAGUGCAAUGAGAAGAAUUAAUUCAGAAAGUAAAUGAGAUUUUUUAUUUUAUUUAAAUAUAUUUAUCUCAGCAGAUAUAAGUCCAUUUCUUUUCGAAGUGAAAUUGUAUUCAACACAAUAAAAUAACCCAAAAUAAUUCAUUAAUUUGACGAUUAUAUUUUUUGCAAAUUUUUAAGACCACAAUGACGCAACAAUUUCAUUACGUCAUAAGUUGCUCUCUCUUAUCUCCUACAAAAUUCAUAAAAAAGUAUCGUUUUUGACAUUUCAAUAAAAGUAUUGCAUUUGACUAGUUGGAAACUACCGUAUUCCAAUAACUAUAGUAGUGAUAUAACACACCAAUAAAUUAAAUACUAAAUAUAUUACCUAUAAUUUUCCUAUUAAGUACCUAACGGCACUAAGCUGUGGGGUUUCUGUACUUAACAUUCAACUAUAAUAUUUACUGAUGUGCAAAUAGUAAUGUAAAUAAUAUUUAAAUAAAUUAUUGUAUACGUAAGAUCGAGUAUAUAUUAUGUAUUAGGUACUUAAGUAUAUUUCUAAAGAGUUAGAUUUUUUAAAACGAAUCGCUGAUCAUAGAUUUUGUGGAUACAACCCUUUUUAGAGCAUUUAGAUUGGAAACAAAUAAUUAAAAAAAGAAAGAAAUACGUUUUUUUUUUCUUUAACGGCAACCGAGUCUCCAAUACAAAGUUGUCAACUAUUCUGCCAAUUCGAUACCUAUUUAGCUUAUAAAAAAAAAUGUGACAGUGACAGCUACAAAGUUUGACAUAAUAUUUGGCGCGAAACAAUCAAUUUUUUUUCGUAUAUUUUCCGAUAUGAAUGCUCUACAUUAUUACCUACUGUUAAGCCAUAGUUAUAUCAAAAUAAGUACUUGAAAAAGUUAAUUUUAUCGCUUUUGUGUCAUAUUAAUUAAAUAUCAAGCUUGUUUAUUACUUUUGUACUUAAAACGGUUUGUUAUGAGCAGCGUCGAAUGAAAUGGAAAUGGCCUACCCAUUUUUAAUUUGCCAAAUUGUACAUUUAUCAUGGCAUUAGACAUUUAAAACGUUGUUCGUAACAAAUCGAAGUGAUUUAAAUUCUGUACAAAAAAAUGUAAAAGCAAAUAGUUUGUCAGGAAUAAUUUGAAUCUACUUUAUAAUCGCCUUUAAUAGAAUACCCAUCUAUACAUAGGAAUGGACUAUGGAACAUUUGUAAAUUAUUGAUUAAAUUAUAAAUUCGUUAUUAGUACAA